CCACGAGCGCGCUGGACCCCGAGACCGAAGCCAGCAUUGUGCAGACGCUGGAGAAGCUUGUGCGCUCGCUGGACAUGACGAUUAUCUCGGUCACGCAUCGCAUUGCGACGACGCAGAACGCCGACGUCAUCUUUGUCAUGCAAGCCGGCGAAAUUGUCGAGCAGGGCACGUACAACGAGCUGCUCUUCAAGCCCGACUCGGUCUUUGCAGAGCUUGCCAACUCGCGGCAGUCGCCGACGAACCGGUCGAUUCGGUUUGGCUCGCGUGCGAUGAGUAGUAAGGACGACGCGUCGACGUCGGCAGCGCUCCUUCGCCUGACGCGCAACCUGGACAACCGUAGCCAACUCGAAGAGCGGGCACGGUCGCGCUCCGCCGUGAGCCGCAACCGGUCGCAGAACGGUAGCACGCUUCGCAACACGAACCUCGAGACCACGGAUCGGUUGAGUGAAAAUAGCCGUGGGGGCUUUCUCGUCUUGUAA